AUGACAAAGAGUAAAGACGACAAGGCAGGAGAAAUUCGUUUAGAUCAUAAAGAUGUUCCCUACUGGACGUCCUGCCGGGUGUGGCUGUCACUCAUGGGUUUUAUUGGCAUGAUCAAUGUGUACGCAUUGCGUACUAACAUCAGCUUUGCCAUGGUGUGUAUGGUACGCCACGGAUCUAAUCUGAACGGAACCAACUCGACGAUAGAUGGAGCCAAUGUUACCAAUAACAGCGACUUCACUGUUACACCAUGUGGCCAGCUGAGUGGUGGGUCAUCAAGAGCGUUUGACGGUGAAUUGGACUGGGAUAAGAGCUUAAGAGGCAACAUUUUAAGCUCGUUCUUCUAUGGGUACAUCUGCACUCAGAUCCUCGGCGGCUGGUUGGCGGGGAGAUAUGGCGGGAAACACGUGCUGGGCACCGCCAUGGUGAUUGCGUUUGCGAUGACGAUGGUGACGCCGAUUGCUUCCAGAACACACCCGUACCUUGUGAUAGCGGCGCGGGUGCUGAUGGGAUUGGCGACUGGAGUCGUCUUCCCAGCAAUGCACGCUAUAUGGGGGAAAUGGGCGCCGCCAUUAGAGAGAAGUAAACUGAUGUCGUUCUGUUACUCUGGGACCAUUAUUGGAAACAUUGUGGCACUGUCCUUGUCCGGGUUCCUCUGCGAGAUACAGCUAGACAAUGGAUGGCCCUUUAUAUUCUACGUUUAUGGGGCGUUCUGUUUCCUGUGGUUGUGUGGUUGGUACCUGACGGUCUUUGACACCCCGGCGUCCCAUCCAAGGAUCGGUCAGCCAGAGAGAACGUACAUACAGCAGUCUAUAGGACAUCAUCCGGGACUGGAGAAAGUCUCGGUCCCGUGGCUGACGUUCGCCAAGUCGCCUGCUGUGUGGGCGAUAAUAGUCGCCCAUACCUGCAAUAACUGGGGCAACUACACCCUGAUGACCAGUCUGCCGACAUUUAUGAAGGAAGUUCUAGCUUUUGACGUGAAGCAGAAUGUGCUAUUUUCAGCGUUGCCGUAUUUAGCGAUGUACGUGAGUACCAUCUUGUUUGGUCAAAUUGCUGAUCGUCUGCGAGAGCGCCGUGUAUUGAACACCACGUGGACCAGAAAACUGUUCCAAUCUAUCGGUGGUUUCCUGCCAGCAGCCUUCCUCAUAGCAACGGGGUUUGUUGAUUGUGAGACCCGGAUGAUAGGCGUGGCUUUCCUGACACUGGGUGUGGCGUUUACUGCAGGCGUGCGUGCAGGCUUCCAGAUCAACCACGUGGACAUUGCCCCCAGGUUUGCAGGUGAAAUCUACGGCAUAACAAACACGCUAUCGACGAUCCCAGGCAUGGUUUCCCCUAUUGCUGUGGGUGCUUUAACUCCAAACGGUUCCAAGGAAGAGUGGCAACGGGUGCUCUUCAUAAGUGGCGCCAUCUAUACGUUUGGCUCACUGUUUUUCUUGGUAUUUGCAAGCGGCGAGGAGCAGACCUGGGACAAACCGGAUCAUCUUCACUACCAGGACGAUCAGGAGCUCAAGGAAAAAGAGAAAAAGGAUGACUUGGAAAAUACGACAUUGUAAUUAAUAAAGGUUCGGUUGAGACCUACAUCGUGUAAAUAUGAAACUGAGUUCGCUGGAACAGUUUUAGAAGGAUGAUGUACUAUAAGUAGGCCUAUCCCAUUUACUCUAUUUUUUGUCUAGUUAGCGUAGAAAGUCACUGCAUGCCGUUAUUUGGUAUUAUAAGUAGAAUCCACUGAGGGUGCUGUGCUGUCAAAUUUUAUAAUGAUUGUUAUUACUAGUGUUAAUUCUAAAAGAG